CACGCUUUCUCCGCCUUGUUUUACGAAUAAUAUCCCUUCGGUCUUGUGAGAAGCGUGGACUGGAGGACUGCCUAACGGCACGCAACUCUCCACCACGUGCGAUGACAUGGUGAAACCUGAGAACCAUCUUUCCUCGCUAAGCACCCCGCAUGGGCACCCCUUUGUAACCUCCUUGAGCUCGGAAUGUGACUGGGAUGGCAUGUCACAACUGAAUAUGCUUACCGAGGAAAGGAUACAGUGGACAUCCCUGACAAAAACAAAGGCGGAUCUUCACACGCCGCCAGCUAAUUUACACAGAAAUGUGCGAUCAAUGCACACUAAGAUGGUAUCGCGCGUGUCGAGACGCCCUGCGGCUUCUGUGCGCCCGCUGGUCUGGGGCGAUAGCUCCAAUAAAGGAUGUGAGAGGGAGCGUCCUGCCACCGGUUCUACACCCUCCUCUUCCAAAGCGAAAAAAGUGAGCUCUUCGGGAACGAAUACUCUUGACAUGUGCCUCACCGGCAGUCCGGCGCCGUGCGUCAUUGGUUCCCCAACGUCCGCAGAUGCGUCUCGAGCACCCACCAAUGCCUCUCCCCGACACAGAAGCUCGACUGCCAUUGAGGCGGUGAAUUCGCAGCGAGAAGCACGGGCUCAACUGAUAUCUCAAUAUUUUCCAGGCGCCGAUCCGGCGACGCUCAGCAAUACCCUAUGGGAAUGGUUGGAAGUCGGUGAUGAUGCUGAGAGCGCAGGCGGGCUGAACCCGAGGAGGCGGAUCUUUAAGCCUUCACGCUUUUUGCAGGAGCUGCUCUUGGCACUGUCCGAUGAUCCAAGUGCUGACGACGGUGCGGGAAACCCCGUUUUUUCGAUGAAGCCAAUAACUCCGACGGCUGCAAAGACACUUGCGAGCACGCAAGGCCUUCCGGUGGGUGGCCGUGUGUUUCCCGGAUCAGUGCAUGGUCGAAUCGGCACUAAUUCAAGGCGUCAAGACAGGAUUACGUCUUACACUUAUAGAAGCCGUAAGAAGAAGCACAGAAAGAAAACACAGAGUUGCUUUCGGCGUGGCAAGGUAACCCAGCAGCCUGCGGCUGACUUGCCAGCUACACCUUGCGCGAAUGUGGAGCAGAGUGAGCAACUGAACAGCGAGAAGGAUAGUGAACACUGCUCGGGAAUUGCUGCAGCCGAUCCAGAAAGCUGUCGGAGCGUCGGCCGUGAUGUAGGACAAGGGGAAACCCUCUCCGAAAACGAAGCUCUUUUCCAGGAUGAACGACCGACAGAGAAGAGCUGCCUAAAGCGGUGGCCCUCCGCUGAGCUUACAUCCUCGGAAGAUGCGAAGUUUUCUUUCCAGCCGACUGAACGACUGGAGGCAUCAGAGGUCUGGCACCUUUGGAAACCCCGUCCUCUGUCUCAGAAAUUCUUUCGCCGAGAGAGACGUGCGACAUAUCCAGGAACCGCUGUGCCUCCUCUAUUCACCCGCAAAGUAUCUACGCCUCCAGCGCUUCUGUUACCACUCUCUUCCCCAGAGGAAGUCGGGAAGAGCUGCAGGUCUUCUAGAGUUCUUUCGGGUGCCACCCACAGGGUCCUUUCCGCCGCCGAUGCAAACUUGUGUAGUAACGCGAGCAAACCGAGUAUUUCACAGAGCGUAGCCUGCGAACUUCGUACACCCAGAAACGACAAAAAAUUCCGACAGAGAGCCAGCCACCAAACGCCCUCACUGACGUAUGCUGCUCCGCGGAUCAAGGGAGUCUGUCAGCGAUACCUUUCCCGAGUUGAGCGCCAACAAGAACGGCGUGCCGUGCCUGUACAACAUGCUCCUCUCUACACUGACCCGCGAACAACUCAGGAAUAUAUGCGAGCCAAGGAGAUCGAGCUACAAAUGAGAGUAAAGUGUCUUCGCCAAACCAAACUAAAGGAUCUGCGGCACUCGGACCUUGCACGCCUUCUACACGGCGAGGGCUCAAGACCGAGGGACCGAAAACUCUCGUGCAGACUUAGGAACACAAGGUCCCGCAUAACACGGAGUGUGGUUCGCGAUAUUCCAGUAGUGGCACAGCCAAUGGGAGAACCCGCGGACCCAACGGCUUCAACAUUCCCCCACAACGUGGCGGAUGGGGACGGAUCUCACUCAGCGUAUUCAAGUUUUCCUAGCGCUUCUUCACCUUUGGGCAUCAAUCGAGGCAGCAGUGCUGACGUCACACUGCGCUGUCAACUACCUGUAUCUCCCUCCCCGUCGACUUCCUCAACAGGGUCCUCUCACUUUGGUACGCGAGGUUCGCCCUCCUGUAGAUGCAGCACGCGUUUCUCUCUGUUCCGGUCUUCCUUUUUGGCGGGCCGAGCGCACAGUAGGCGUCGAAGCGCUGCUUGGCUACAGCUCCUUACUGCCGCCCCCGAACAGAGCUCGGCGACAAGAGAGCGUAUCCUCUGGCCAGCAGCGACGGUGUGUGAAGUCGCUCCCACUAGCCACGUUUUACCCUGGAUCCCGGCGAGAUUCAGCAGAUCUAUUUCAUCUAGACCUGUUCGGAGAACCUUCUCCUUCAGGACCCUGACGAAAGUCGUGCAAUUCGUUACACGAGCUCGACUGCAAGGAGCCCUCACGAGGUUCGUUGACGUCACGGGAUUGCGGGGGAUCGAUCUGCAGUCAGCGCGAGCCGCAACCGUGAAGCUGACUCGUCUCCAACGCGCAGCAAGAGAGUUUCUGCGACGUCAUCGAGAUGCAUGCGAAACCGUCGGAAGAAAGCUGCAACAAGCAGAGACAAAGAUGAUUUUAACUGUUCUGCAAGCACAUCCUGGAGAGUCUCAACGUCUGCUACAGCAUCGUGCACGGGAGUCACUUAUUGACAGCUUCAGGAUUGAUUCUACCUUGAAGCAGCAAUGGAUUUUGAGCCUUGUGAGAGAAGGUGGUCGACUGCAAGUUGAAGAAGCUACUGCAUACAAAGUGGAAAUGAAGGAGUUUUCGCAGACCUGCAGAGAAUGGCGCGUUGUGUGCAAGUGGCUUGGCCAUGACCAGAGGGCCUGGUGGCCCUCUCAGCCUCAGCCGCCACCGAUGCCAGGCUCCCGCAUGACGGAAGUAUCUCCAAACAAACUCGAGGCGAUGCUUUCGCUGGGUUUGUACAAAAAACGGAAUUUCAAAGAGGUUGUGGCUUCCUUGCAGGCGCGCGAACACGAACUUGCUCUCCGCCCAGAAGGGACGACGACGGUGUAUUCUGCUCGAAGCGAACGCUAUCGGCACCUUUUCUCCGGUGUCUCGUUCAGAGUGUUCCAGACACUGUGGGGACAUGCUGAUAAUUCCGAAGCAGAAAUUUCGUCAUUUCUCAAGCUGUUCACUCCCAGUCGUCAAAACAUCAGUAGAAGCAGUCUCGGCCAUAUCUACUGCGAGCCGCUGGAUGAGUGGAUCCCAGAAAACAAUAACGAGAAGACUCCUCUGUGAAAGCCUCGAUCCUAAAGACUGGAGGGUUCGGCAACGCCCCGUUCCGCCACAGACACCACCCCCGUCAAUUUCGCUCCCAUGAUUUGGUUGCCUACUCUCUUCAGAGCUCUACAUCUACGUGCAUGCACGGGCAAAAUGUACCAGGAUGCGCGGAUGAUUCAGUUAGUGUCAGAACGACGUUAAAUGAGCACCCAAAUAUGUUCUGAGGGGCGGCAUACUUGCAGUUGGUUGUAACGAGGCUUCCGGUCUGCAAAGGAGUAACCCAGUUUAUGUAGAAACUGAUGACCAGAGGCUCUAAAGAGAAGCCUCUGAAGACAAGGGCAGGGACUGGAUUGCCGUGUUUUUUAUAUUCUUCACAUAUCUAGAGGGCAGCUGCCUAUCGACAAAGCUGGCGGGUAACUACACUCGGACAUCCAAAGAGGUCCGGGUUUAGGCAAGAAUGCCGAUAUUCUGAAGGGUGAAAAUGUGUGACCUUGUGAGUGCCCCGAAAACCACAGAACUAGGACCGCGUCGCACAGUGUAGAGUGUGUGGGCUAUUUGCGACUCUUCGAUGCCGUUCUGUCCGAGUAGCCUACGAGGUUUGCCAACGCUUUUUCUCCAGAAAAGGCUGAGCCACGAGUUGCCAACUGCUUGCUUCGUGCCUUCAUAGCACGUGCACAGAUUGGAGAAAGUUGCGAAAGAGUACCGUGGCUGAUAAUGUUGAUCAAAAACGAUGGAAAGGUGCCUUGUGAAUGGUUCCAGCGCUAGUGUAUGUUUCAGUUUUUUACGGCUUCCAACUGACAAUGCGACGACCUUUUCGAAACCCCCUCUCGAG